AUGAUGGGCGAUCCCAUCACGUUCCCCGCCCCGGGCACUUUGAUUCUCGGUGAGGAAGGAUAUCCUGUCAGCGAAAUCCCUCGGUCCACAGUGACCGAGUAUUUCUACUACGAAGAGAAAAUCGUCCGCAAGAUGCCCAAGCUCAAGACCGACGCCGACCCCAAUUCAACCUUGGCCAAACUCAAGAAUCUGCUCACGCCACCAGUGGUCAAGGCCUACGAAGAGCUCCCUAAACGAGAGGGAAAGUUCUACUACACCGACCGGCAGGGACGAAACCCCUUCGCCGAGACUAUCUCGGACCUCACGCUUGAUGGCGACGAGGUUUACACCUCGUCAUUCGGACUUGAUGCUCCGGUGGACCUCUCGGAGAUUGAUCCGCAAACCGUUCGGCUCUUCCUCCAGUUCUUGUACAGCGGAAACUAUCACGAUGGAGCCAUUCAAGACUGUGAUGCACCGUCGGCCACCACGUUGUUAACGACGGAAGAGGCGCGAGAGAAGCUAAGGUCGCUACCAGAUUGCGACUUUUUAGCUUCCGAAGACCACGGCGAACAAGUCUCCGAUUCUCACCGCAAUGGACUAUUGGCUCGCGACCGCUUCUACCGUGCUGCGGAAUCUUCUUACAAGACGAGUGACGCCUUCACUGAAGCUGUAGACGAGCUAUACAGCGACCCGGACCCGGUAGACGCGGCGCUAGAGGACAUAGUGUCUACCCUUGCGGCGUCGCUAUACGGACGUGAUGAGCAGUUUCGAACGCGCGUAGAGCCCUUGAUGAGGAAGAGGGCGGCCUUUGCGGUGGAUGUGCUCAACCAGUUGGUGAAGAACGCGAGGUUUCGAUGA